AUGGCGAGACACAUGAAGUACGAAUGUGGCAAAUUGCCGAUGUUUGGAUGCUCGAUUUGUCCGUACAGGGGGUACCAGAAGACACACGUGGAGCGACAUCUCUCGCGAAAGCACAAUGUUUUGCUAAAAUCGGAUAUCAUUAGAGCUAUCACGUUCUUCGGGAAAAAGGAAGACCUGACCAGGGGCCUUAAAUCAGAUGUUAAAUUUGAUCCUACCAGUGCCCCACUUGCGGAAGAAGAUACAAAGUGGCGAGGUCUUUGUGGCGCCACCAAAAACCGCUACUCGUGUGAAAAGUGUCUCAAAUCUUACACUUUAAAGCGGAAUCUGAGACGGCACAUGAAUGUCGAGUGCGGCAAAGAGAGACACCUCAAAUGUAACCGGUGUAACGCCAGUUUUUAUUACAAACAGGACCUGCGGAAACACUUGGCGCGAAUGCACGGACGCUUAAUGUAG